AUGCGACUUCUGAAUGCCAGGACUUACGAACUCCAAACCUUUGUCGGCAAGGAUAAGCCGAACUACGCAAUCUUAUCGCAUACAUGGGAAGAUGGGGAGGUUCUCUUUGAAGAUAUCCAGAACACAUCAAGGGUCGAUUGGACUGCGAAAAAGGGCUACUUCAAGAUUAGGAAGACAUGUGAUCAAGCUUUAGAAGAUGGCUGCGACUUUGUUUGGAUUGACACUUGUAAUAUCAACAAAGACAGUAGCUCAGAACUCUCGGAAGCCAUCAACUCGAUGUUUAGAUGGUACAAAGACGCCACGAUCUGUUACGCUUAUAUAUCCGACAUCAAGAUUGGAGACGAAUGGUCAUUCUCGAAGUGUCGCUGGCUUACUCGAGGUUGGACGUUGCAGGAGAUGAUCGCUCCUGACCGCGUGCACUUUUAUGAUGCGGACUGGAGCUUUCUAGGCAGUCGUAUAUCCCUUGCAAACGAACUGUCGGGAGUUUCUGGGAUACAAAAACAAGGGGAUAUGGACGCUAGGUUCAUGCUGGAAGGAUUCAGCGUAGCGCAAAAGAUGAAAUGGGCUUCUGAUCGAACGACGACGCGUGAGGAAGAUGUUGCUUACUCUUUGAUGGGGCUAUUCGACGUGAAUAUGCCCCUCUUGUACGGUGAAGGUACGAGAGCAUUCUUUCGAUUGCAAAAGGCCAUUCUUGAAAUGCGACCAGAUCACUCGAUCUUGGCUUUCCGAUUCAAUUUGCCCAAUAUGAACGGCGGGGACUGUCCUCGUUUUCUAGCACCGAACCCGACUGCAUUCUGCGACGACUUCCAGAGCAUACCUUCAUCGACUCUUGUCAAAGAUGCGAGUUUACUUGGAACCACACUAUCUAUUGAUAUGCUCCUCUGUCCGGUACAAGGAGGAGCUGUGUUUCCAAAGCCAUAUCUUGGCAUUCUGGACUGCUCGAUGGCUGAUGAUUCUCAUGCGAGACCGGCUAUUUUACUGUUCGCCAUCGACCACGAGGUCCGUAAGACAUUCCGUUGCACUUCCUAUACGAACAAUCUGUACCUUUUGCAUUCAAGCCAUCUCGGUGUGGCUAGGGCCAUGACAGCAGAUACUCAAACGAAGCUAACCGACCAAGCGGUGCUUUCAUACAAGCCCAGGGAUAUUGAACGCGUUCGCAUCUCCAUCUUUGGCGGAGAUGUAGCUAGUGGGACUCUUGGACUCCACUCUGCGACGGGAUAUGUACAGGUCAACAUAUCUUCGGUCUUCCGCGACUUGGGGUACAAAUACGCUUCAUCCCUACCUCUAACAGAACAACACAUGAUAUUUGCUACAUAUCCCCCUGGUGCUAUAGAAAUCGUGCACGAACGGGCUGGAAAACUUAAAGUUCACUGGGACCUACACAAUGGUCUACUUUAUUUCAACAUAUCAUCUUUUUCGAGCCCACCAAAUGAGCACACGACACAAAAACAGACUGCUCUUCGAUGUCAAACAGAUUCAUGGUCCAUAAACGACUCUGUAACCACGUCGCACAGUGAACUAGGCAAAUCGAAAAGCAUCGUAAUCGAAGGUCCUGGAGCUACUACCCUUGAAGUGUGGAUCUCCAUAUCCAAUGAAACGUUCAUUGGGAGUAGUCGUCUCGUAUUAGCCGUUCAUGGGAAGAUCAAGAAACCAGAAAGUGACAGAAAGUGA